GCGCUAUACAAAUACAGGCCAUUUACCAUUUACUAAUUUAAAGUAACUUACCCAACACUGAUGGUUACAUGCAUUCAUUGCUAAGAACUUCGCCACACACUAAGCGUGGGCUCAUCUUCUAUGCCACUCCAAAAAGAAUCCAAACUUGAUAUAAUUCAAAUCAUAUUUCCUCACUGUUUUGUAGUGGUGCAACGGAUCAAAACUCUCACGGCUCGGAUCGGAUCACGGUUUUAAGUCAUGGAUCAGAUCAAUUUUCGGAUCAGUAAAAAAAAGAAAAAGACAAAAAUUGAACAUUUACUUUUUUACUUAUUGAAGUAUGUUUUGCCUGUUAAAAACAUUAAACUCUAGGCUCAGUCCACGCAAUUAUUAAAAAAAAAUUAUGGUACAAUAUAGGUCAGUAUAGGGCUUUGUAUCUACCACUCAAUUCAAUUCAAUUUUAUUUAUAAACCGCCAAAUCACAACAACAGUCGCCUCAAGGUGCUUUAUAUUGUAAGGUAGACCCUACAAUAAUACCACUCAUUAUAUCGCACUCCAGUGUGAUAUAAUGAGCGGUCACGGUCACGUAGCUUUCCGUUGACCUGGAGGUCCACCCAUUUGUAUGGGUUAGGGCAAUAGAAGAUGCCUGGGACAGUUCAGCCAUAACUUAAAUCUUUUCCUGCUCAUACAUGCCUGGAAUGAUCUUGCCACUAAAGUGGAUGCGCAACGGGAUAUCAUAGCAUGGCUCAAGCAUCUUCAUCAUAGUUUAAACCCCUUGUUUUGGACAAUGGAAUACGGCCUCCCAUCUGCAGCUAAACACCCCAGUAGCUUUUGUAAUAGCUUUAGCCCGGUCGGACUGGGCAGGAAAGGGCUGCUUAAAUACCGCAAACUCCUCUGCUCAUCCACCUGGAUAGCUAGCGCUGGCCAUAACUGUCACUUGACAGACCCACCACGUGCACCAUACACAUACUUUUUUUUCCUUCUUUUUCGAAUCUUCGGAUCAUGUGCGUGCCGAACCGUGGAGUGGGAUCGGAUCAACCGUAAUCCGCUGCACCACUACUGUUUUGCAUCAUUUGAUGCUAUCACGUACCAUAGAACUUUCACUGGUACUGCAAAUGUUACUACUAGCACCUCUGCUGGGUUCAUUGUCAUCGACUUCAGUUUCUGAUGUACAGGUCAAAAUAUUCACUACAGUUCUCCUUCUGAUACUAAAGCCAGGAUUGCAUCACUUUUGCACCAUCAUUUUUCAUUCCUCCACUUGCCAUCACGACUUACAUUGUCAACCCUUUUAGCUACCAGUUAGGCUGGCCUAAUACGCUUGCCUAUUGGCUGAUAUAAAAAUGAAUAUAUCUUUUUAAAAAGACAGGCAGGGCCUAGUUUAAACUCAAUUUCCGUUAUCUUGCGGUAAAGAAUUUAUAAAGUAUGUACAUGUUAUGGGGUGGGACAGAAAGAGACUGACUGUGGGGAGUGAGCAUGGGAGCCGAUCUGAGCUGGUGUAAGCUAAGCAGGCUUGGAGGGCACGGGAGGAGGAAGAAUGCUGCUGAAUGGAGAAGUUGGUCUAGUGAGCCGCAAGAAGUGGAGGUACACUCUUGGUGGAAAGUAAGACUGAUGGUGGAUGCAUUCCACAGGAUAGAGAGAUGUCAACCGUUUGUUUGGAACACGGAGCAGCGGCAGGCCGAGCUUGAAGCUCUGCCCUUGCGGGGUAAGUCCUGAUCUGAUAAAAUUGCUCCUUCUGUUUAUAUGGGCUUCCCCAGAUAGCAAGACGACAUUGAAUUAAUGUUGAUUUUUCAUCCGAUCCGUCGUUACGGUCAGGGUUGAAAUGCCAAUGUUGUAACAACAUUGAAAUACUGUGGUAAACCGACGGUCUUACUAUAGGGACAUUGUAAUGAUGUUGAUUUACCGUUGUUUUUUUGUCAUUGAUAUUUGAUCUAUUUGUAGUCGACCAGGUGGCAACAACAACAUCGAGAAAAUGUCUAUUUAUAGUUGACCAUCAUUCCGCGCCGGUCACCAUCAAAAAGCCAUUGAUUUGUAGUUGAGCGUUAAAUUGCAUUGCAACUGAGCGGGUAUAAAGUACCGGAGAAAGUAGAAUUAUUGUUCUUUUGUUAUCAAUGAUUUCUGGUCGAGUUCACCAGCUUUAAAAAAUCGUGUCGACGUGCAAUUUAUGUAUAGUUGACUGGGAAAUUACAGCAGCGAUCACUUGGACUAUUCCACAGCACCCCUCUCACAGUGGUACAUCCCUCCAGGUAACCAAAACUUUAGACUCAGUUCGAAUGCUCACGCGGCAUGCCCACGUGACUGUACGUUGCAUGCUCACCUAACUUUACGUUGCAUGCAUACAUGACUUUCCGACACAGCUUUGCAAUCUCCCCAGCAUGCAGUCUGAUGUCGAUGUCUUCCCUAUAGAUGGUAUGCUUUUAAAAUAGUUUUAAAGCUGCAUCACAAUGUCAUUGUACUCUUAUCUUCAAAACACCAACUCCUGAAUGUCAUCUUGUUGUGAUUUUUUUCCUGUAGAUUCCAGAGACUCUGUGAGGCCACUAUUACAAGGCAAGUUUGAAAAUCUUGGAAUUUCACAGUUUACAUGGUAUAAAUGGUAAAUGGCCUAUAUUUGUAUAGCGCUUUUACUAGUCUCUAAGGACCCCAAAGCGCUUUACACAUUCAGUCAUCCACCCAAUCACACACACAUUCACACACUGGUGAUGGCAAGCUACAUAUACAAAUAUCAAAUAUAUGUGACAGGCAAAAAAUAGUAAACACUUUUAGCAGUUACAACAACUAAUAUUUGAAUGCAGAAUGUUACACCAUCACUUAUGGAUAUAUUCGUUUUUCGCCUCCCACUGCUUAAGCCAUUAAUCUUUCUAGAAUUGUUCUCUGAAACAGAUGCGACCUCACAAAAAAUGUUAACGAUGCUGUCAGACCUGACCAGAGCAGUUAACAAACUCCGUGAGGAGGUCAGAGCCAACCGCCAUCCCUGCUGCAAUGAAUCUGUAGAUGCUGGGGUAUUGCCUCUGGAUUUGCCUUUGCACAACAUUGAGGAGCUAAACAAUGCAGGGGCAGCCCUUCAAUCACCGGAGGCAAAUAAGGCAAUGGUGAGGCGCUUUGCCUUGAUUGGAGGGACCACACUGGAGGUGCGAGUCUGCCGCACCGCCAAACGAGCUGGCCUCGGUACUCAACUGGGCAGGGAAAAAAAACAAGGACCAGACAGCAAAAAAUGGCAUUUAAAGAGACAGCGCUGUGCAGAUGCAUAUUUGGUAAGUUUUAUCAUUUAUUGUAGUUUUAUGAGCCUAAAGUAAACAAUAAAGGGAUCAAUUGAUGUGCUGGGUGUGUUUCACAUUUCCUAUGUCCGGUUUUUGCUAUAUUACUUUGUCUUUCUUAAUAACAAGACUUUCAUGUCCGGUUAAUCUGGAGAUGGAGUCUUUGGUCUUCGGCUUGUUUUGUCCUCGGGUUGUACAGUUUGUACAGCCCAAGGACCCCAUGUUUAUUUUUUUUUUAAAGGAUUCACGGCACACCAUGCCAACACAUAUCACAUUUUCAGCUCAUAGCUCUUUGGGAAUCAAAUGCAGCAGUUUGCUGAUUUCUGCCUCGUGACUUUCAAGUUUAUCAGCCUAGGAAUUUACAUACUUUCUCCCUGCUGGGGACAAUUAACAAGAGCUUAUUCAUGUGCUCUAAUUCACUUUUUUUGUCUUUUUUUUGUGUGUGUGUCUAUUUUUGUCCUAGAUGGCCUGACGCAGCAGGUAGGGGCAAACUCUAUGUCUGAGUUUGUCUUUGCUCAAGCAGUCCAGAAAUGGCUCAGAUACACUCCGGAUUGUAAAAAUUAAAAAGUGACGUGAAACAUGGAAAUCUUAAUAGGAAACUUUGUCUUUUAAUAAAAUAUUUUGCAAAUGAUACAUGUCUAUUGACCUUUUUUUGUUUUUUUGUUUUUUUUUUCUCUGUGACAUGAUGUCUGAUGCUUUCUGUUUUUAGAACUGACUAUUGACAUGAUACAUUGUGAGACAUUAUUUAACAUAUAAAGGGUGUCCAAUUUGAGGAAUAAGUACAAUUAUGUGUUUAGGUGGUUUAAAUAUGAUGGAAACAUGUAGUAGUUUAGUAUUGAUUAAAAUACCUAUAAAGAAUGGUAGAUUUCCAGUCAUGAUUUACAGUAACUGCUGUUUCAAUAAAAAGCAACUGUGCGAAAGAAGUGGAAAAUCAACAUCAUAGUUCAACAGUGUUUCAAUAUUAGAAUCUGACAUUGUUUCAAUGUCAACAGUAUUAGAAAAUAUAGCGUCGAAUCAAUGUCAGCUUUCAACAUUGAUUCAAUAUCAAAAACUGACGUUUCAAUAACAAUAAAGGGUGCAAGUGUAACGUUAGGUCAACGUCACACCUCAACGUUGAUUCAAUGUUUCCUUGCUAUCUGGAUCCCUUCUAGUGCACACCCAUGACAUAUACAAUUAUUUAAUCCUAACAAAAAAAUAUUGGAGACUUCCCACGUACCACCAGACGUAGGUGGUACACGUAUUACAAUUUGAGAACGACUGCUAUAGUAAAUGUUGUGUGCUUUAACCUCUCUAGGCCAAGUGUUAAACUGAUGCAAAAUAAACUGAGCAGCCACAGUGAAUCAAGCGAAAAGUCCUUGCCAUUUUAGAUGAAGUGAAGGAGACUCAACUGGUUCAUAGCAAGAUGUUAAAUGCCUUGCUGAAGUAGAAAAAUUGAUUUAGUUGCAUAAUUCCUUGAAGGGGUGGUUUUACCUCUCAAAACCCAAGACGAUGUUGAGGCUCUUAAUGGAAGACUGGAGGACUGCAGUCUUAUCUCUGCUGUAUUACGUUUACUCCCCCCCAUUCUGUUUGCCAGUGUUCUUUAUACAGUAGUCAGAAAUAAUUCUUUGAUAUGUUUUUUUCUUUCAGUUUUUGUUUUGCUUCCUGUUAUUAAGUUCAUGAGAACUAAAGCAUGUUUUUUUUUCUAACUGCAUGUGUUUUAUGAGGUCUUACUAUAGAUGUGAGGGUUUGUCCUCAGAGAAGCCUUUUGUGUUUCACUUCUGCGUCUUCCUGAAUUCACAUUCACUCUGUGUGUUCACAAACGGCAGAAAAGCUGCACAUUCUUACACUCUGGGUUACAACCUCACUGCAUCACCUCUAAAAAUUGAAGAUGGGGAAAAUUAAUGGAUGUCUCAAGUGCAUUUUUGUCUUCUUCAAUGUGCUUUUUGCAGGAACCAGUGGCCCACAUGAAAUCUAUGAACAGCCCUGCUAUGACAUUAUCCUUGAACUUUUGAACCUUUUCUUUAACAUCAUGUUUGGCUUCUUCUUUGGAUUUGCUGUUAUAGCACUGCUGGGCCUGCUCAUUACCAUCUGCAUGAUUAAUCAGGUCAAAAGUGACGACAGUAGAGGAUCCAUGUACUUGAGGAAAUAUUAAAGGGAGCCACCACACCACAUGUCCUCUGGCCUUUGGGUUAUGGUGCAUCAACAGGAGUCGUGAUCAGGAUGUCACCUCGUUUUUAUUUCACUGUGUUCACUCACAAAAAAAGAGAGAGUGAGAAAAGAAAAAAAUAGUAAUAUGUGCUUUGUAAGUAAUGUCUUUCUUUUCCUUCCAGUUUUUUAACAUACCAAGCAUAGCUUUAAAAGCAAAAAUUUAUUUUCUGAAAAGCUUUGUAACUUUUUUGUUAUUUGAUGAUUUUCAGUGUUUAGUCAUCUUAAAUAGAGACCAAUUAUAGUAAAGAAAUUAGAUCUCAAAAUCGGACUCUCUGUCUCUCGAUUUCUUAUAAGUACCAG